UCAGAUAUACUAAUUGCUCCUGCUAAUAAUCCAACAACAAGAAGAGAAGACUUCCUUUCCUUUCUUUCCUUCAUCACUCAAAUCCAAUUCAAUCUUCUUUCUUUCUUUCUUCCCCAACAAAAAUAAAAACAAAUUUCCAAAAUCCCUUGAAACCGGCGAAUUCUCCGCCAUGGGUUUCGGCAGAGACCGCGCGAGCUCGUCCUCCAACGAGCUCCGAGAUCCGCCGCCGCCGCCGGAGAGAGAAGACACGGCUCUGAUCGGCGACGGCAAGCACUUGUCGUCGCAGCCCAAGACCUUCGCCAACCUCUUCAUCGCCAUCGUCGGCGCCGGCGUUCUCGGCCUCCCCUACACCUUCAAGCGCACCGGCUGGCUCACCACCCUCCUCAUGGUCUUCGCCAUCGCCGCUCUCACCCACUACUGCAUGAUGCUCCUCAUCCACACCCGCCGCCGUCUCGAAACCCUAACCGGCUUCUCCAAAAUUGCGUCUUUCGGCGAUUUGGGAUUCGCCGUCUGCGGAUCCUUCGGGAGAAUUCUCGUCGACGUUCUGAUAAUCCUCGCCCAGGCCGGCUUCUGCGUUGGAUAUCUAGUCUUCAUCGGAAAAACCAUGGCCGAUUUACUCAAUUCCUCGAAAAGCUUCUACAUUUUGGGCUGUUUGCCUUUCCAAUUAGGGCUAAACUCGAUCAAAACCCUCACGCAUCUCGCUCCGCUCAGUAUUUUCGCUGAUGUGGUCGAUCUCGGCGCCAUGUCCGUCGUCAUGGUCCAGGAGGCUCUCGUCGUGGUGAGAAACGGGGCGGUUGUUAGGGCUUUCGGUGGAUUCUCCGAGUUCUUCUAUGGUUUGGGCGUGGCCGUUUAUGCUUUUGAAGGGAUUGGUAUGGCCUUGCCUUUGGAAUCAGAAAUGAGAGACAAGAAAAAAUUUGGGAAAGUCUUGGCUUUCACAAUGGUUUUCCUAUCUUUAAUCUAUGUGGGUUUUGGGAUUCUGGGUUACUUAGCUUAUGGGGAUGAAACACAAGAUAUAAUCACAGCCAACUUGGGUCCAGGAGUUGUAAGCACUCUGGUUAAGCUUGGCCUUUCUGUGAAUCUCUUCUUCACUUUGCCUUUAAUGAUGAACCCAGUUUAUGAAAUUGUUGAGAGAAGAUUCUGGGGUGGGACGUACUGCUUGUGGCUAAGAUGGUUGUGGGUUUUGAUUGUGAUUUUGGUGGCCUUGUUUGUCCCUAACUUUGGUGAUUUCUUGUCUUUGGUUGGGAGUGGUGUUUGCUGUGCUUUGGGGUUUGUCUUGCCAUCUUUGUUCCAUUUCCUGGUUUUCAAGGAUGAGAUGGGGAAAGUGGCUUGGUUCUCUGAUGUCACCAUUUUUGUGGUGGGAAUCUUUCUUGGGGUAUCAGGGACUUGGUACGCUUUGCAAGAGAUGUUUGCUGUUAAGGUCUAGAGUUGAACUUUACCAGAGAAAGAAACUCUAUUUGUGGUCUACUUUAGUGGGAACUGAAACCGUAUUCUUCAAAGGAUGGUUGUUUAUUUCAUUUAAUUUUACAAUGGAUUGUUCGAUUUUUAAGGUGAAAAAUGGGGUCAUCUCCAAUGACCCUAUGAAAGUACGACGUUUGUAAUGCGACAGAAGUUGUUAAUUCGCAUUAUUCCAUUUCCAUGGAGUUAUACGUAGUACACGGUAUCUAUGUAUCUUUUCCUGUACAAUGAAGACAUAUGAAGGGAAAUUUUAUAUGCCAA